AAUCAUUAAUGGCGUUUUUUUUAUUUUAUUUUCAGGUAGCUGUCCCACUGCAUUUUUGAUAACAAGAGGAAUUCAAAGAGAGAGUCAGCCAUCUUGGAAAACACCGUCGCCAAGGAAGAGUAAUAACUUAUCCAGUUGACAUUGCAUUUAGAAGUACCGGUAAUCAACACGACUAUAGAAAAAAAAAUCUCUUUAAUCCAAAGUAAUGUGAAGAUUUACGAAAGGCACUCAUAAUUAAGAUAAAGAAAAGACACUAGAAAAAAAAUAUAUAUAUUUUUUAAAUCCAAUUCGACUUUGUUUCCCGCCAAAAGAAACGCCCCAAAAAAUAACAAGAGACUCAUCACCCUCCCCCCCCCCCCCUUCGUUCUUCUACGACCCCUCGUGAACCCUCGUGACCUCUCGUGACCUCUUGAGCUAAGGAGCGUCCUCACGUCCCCAAGAUGACCACGACAUCACCCUUCCCGGCUAACGAGAGGACGUAUAUCCUCGAAGAGCCGAUACCUCCUCCUCAGCCUCCGCCUCAGCUCGCCACCCCGGACUCCCCCCCGAAGAUCCCCAAAGGAAUGGCUGGCUGCGAGGACGAUGACGACCCGAAGCGAGAGAAGAGUUCGAUCUCCUUCACGAGCUUCAAUUACAUCAACUCGAUCGUCGGCAGCGGUGUUAUAGGAAUGCCCUUGGCCCUACACGAGGCAGGCUUCGGGGUCGGCCUCCUCCUGCUGGUGCUGGUGUCGCUCAUCACGGACGCCUCCCUCUGCCUCAUGAUCGCUGUGGCACGGACCGUACAGGCCAACACGUACCAGGAGCUCGUCAGCAGAGCCUUCGGAAGACCCGGUUUCAUCGUGACGUCUUGCCUGCAGUUCCUCUACCCUUUUAUCUCACUCAUCAGUUACAACAUCAUUGUAGGCGACACAAUGACUAAAGUGCUCAUUCGAGUCACAGGAAUCGGUGAAGAGUCUGUGCUGGCGAGGCGUGAAUUCAUCAUGGCUGCUUCCACCUUGCUGAUUACCCUUCCUCUUUCUCUCUACAGGAACAUCACUCGCCUGGCAAAGAUUUCCCUGACGUCUGUCGUCAUGAUUGUGGUCAUUGUGGUGGCCAUGCUGGUCAGGAUGAGCACCAUGAGGGAUAUUGUCCCGGCCACGCCCGACGCCUGGCAGUUCGGCGGCACCAACCUAGCCUCGGCCAUCGGGAUCAUGAGCUUCGCCUUCAUGUGCCACCACUCCAGCUUCCUCGUCUACGAAUCUCUGGCGGACAACACGCAGGAGCGAUGGAAUAAGGUGACUCACAUCUCGAUUGCUUCGGCUGCAGUCCUCAGCUUAGUGUUUGCCGUGGCUGGGUACGUUACGUUCACAGGAUUUGCACAAGGUGACGUUUUCGAGAACUACUGCUGGGCCGACGACCUCAUGAACAUCUGCCGCGGUUUCUACGCCGUCACCAUCCUGCUCACGUUCCCGAUCGAGUGCUUCGUGGCCAGGGACGUUCUCGAGACGGCGUUCUUCCAGGACUACCAACCGCAGCCGUUCUUCCGCCACGCCGUUCUCUCGGUCCUCAUCGCCCUGCUGUGCAUGCUGCUCUCGCUCGCGACGGACUGCCUCGGCAUCGUGCUCGAGCUGAACGGGAUCCUGUGCGCCGUGCCCUUGGCCUACAUCCUACCUGCUCUUUGCUACAUCAAGCUGGAGGAGGGUCCCCUUUGGUCUCAGAGCAAGUGGACGGCGUGGGGCGUGGCCAUCUUCGGCGUCACCAGUGCUAUGGUUGGCACCGUGUCUCUCUUCAGGAACAUCGACGUGUUGUCGGAGUGUUCCCAUGGCACCCAGAUGCCCUACUGCCUAACUGGCGUGAAUGAAACGGCGGUCGAAUUUCAAUUUUAAACAGCAGAAAUUUGGUUAAAAGCUGCGGUGAUUUUUUUCUGUCUUUUCUUCCAUACACCCUUUAUGCACCUAACUCUUUUCUUUUG